CGGAGCCCAAAACCCUAAUCCCCCACUAAACUCGCCAUUUUCUCCUCGCGCUCCUUUCCGACCCCUUCCCUCCCGGCAUUCCAUUCCCACCGCCAUGGAGUUCUGGGGUCUGGAAAUUAAGCCUGAAGAGACUGUCAAGGUUGAUCCUGGAGAGGACAAAUAUUUGCAUCUUUCUCAGGCUUCUUUAGGGGAGACUAAGAAGGGAAAUGAGAAUAUACUGGUCUAUGUGAAAUUUAACAACCAAAAGCUUGUACUUGGAACACUCUCUGCAGAGAAAUGUGCUCAAAUUCAAUAUGAUUUAGUAUUUGAGAAAGAAUUUGAGCUAUCUCACAGCUCAAACAAUGCAAGUGUCUACUUAUGUGGCUAUAAAACUGCUGCACUUGAGGCAGACGAAUUUCCUGAUUUUGAUGAGAGUGACUCGGAUGCUGAUGAAGAUAUUCAACUUGACCAGAAGACUAAUGGCAAGUCUAUUGUGAAGGUUGAACAGACCAAAUCUACAGAGGGAAAGCCAAAAGUUCCUCAAGCAAAUGCCCCUGCUUCCAAGGCAAAACCUAAAAUAGAGGAACUGAAGAAGGCAGAUAAGCAAAAGCCGAAUAAGGAUGAUGAUGAAGAUGUUGAUGGUGAAGAGUCUGACGAAGAUGAAUCUGAUGAUGAUGAGGAUAUGGUUGAAGCGGAAGAUGAUAGCGAAGAUGAGGACGAGGAUGAAGUUGAAAGCUCUGAUGAAGAUGAAGCUCCUGUAAAAAUGGCUGAACCUCCUAAUAAAAGGCCAGCUGGUUCUGCUUUAAAAACUCCUGUUUCGGAGAAGAAAGCAAAGUUAAUAUCCCCAGGGAAAGGAGAGAGUCAGAAAAAGGGUGGUGCUGCUAAGAAAGAUGGCCAUUCUGCUACCCCUAUUCCGGCAAAACAGAGUGGAAAAACUCCUGCUAAGAAUGACAAGUCUAAACAGCAAACCCCAAAAUCGGCAGGCUCUGUCAAUUGCAAGUCAUGUGGCAAGAACUUCAACUCUGACAAUGCUCUUCAAUCUCAUACAAAAGCAAAGCACAGUGCUGGCAAAUGAGACACCAAGAUCAUAUUUAUGAAAGUGGUGGGGCUUCUCGGAUGGACCAUUGGAAGUGAUGAACCCACUCGGGGUGUUACGAGUUUUGUAAAAGUGGUGGGGCUUCUCGGAUGUCACUAUGAAUGUUGGGUUAAUAGCUUACAGUUUCCAAGUUUGCAGUUACGUUAUUUUGUGUGUGUGGUGUAAUCAGUUACCAUUUUUUUAAAGUGCUUAUUGGAGGAUUCAGCAGUUUUUUCUGAGGA